AUGAUUGAAAUAGGCAAAACUUUGACACAACUGACUCAAAAUCUAAAGCAAGUAACACCAGAGUCCAGACUGCACAUUGAUGUUGAGGCUAGUGUAUUUAUGAGUGAGAAGAACAGGUACAUUGUCUUCUUUGAUUUUACAAGGCCUGAGCAGACUAGAACGAGCUCGAAAAUCGAAGUGGACGUUGAUUCGUGGUGCUCGAAAGCCAUUGAAGAAGAGAAUAUUUUCAAGCCAUUGAUUCAACCAGAAGGAAGAGGAGAAGUAGAAGGGCAUUCAAAAUACAAAAAGCUAAUCGAGGUAUCCUGUGAGACGGAGAGAAGUGAUUAUAGAUUCAGUGCAAUUGAAAUCACUUGCUUAGACAACUUGGGAAUGAAGAAGAAUUUACAAAAUGAGCCGUUGAAGGCCAAAUUCAUGAAUUAUGGUGUUGUACGAUUGUACAAAGAAUAUGAAUCAACAACUCAGGAUAUAGAAGUUGAAAGUGAUGACACCACCGUGGCUAUUGUUGCAGUCCCCAACUACUUUUCACCAACUGAUCUGUUGGUGUUUUUAGGUACAACUGUUACUUCAAAUGUCUCACAUUUUAGAUUGAUUAAAAGUGAUAAUCCCAAUAGAUUUAUGGUAUUGAUGAAAUUUAGGAAUAAUGAAAGCGCAAGAAAAUUUCAGAGUGAUUUCAAUGGAAGAAGUUUUAAUUCAAUGGAAUCAGAACAAUGUCAUGUUAUAUUUGUAAAGUCAGUCAUUUUUAAACCUUUAAAUUCCUCUUAUAAUUUACAAGCUGGUAUACCUUAUUUAUUAGAAGACCCAUUCACUUUGGAAGUAAGGAAAAGGGAUCAAAAUGAUAGGAAUGGUGAACUAGAAUCCUCCAGCAUCGUGAAAGAAUUACCUACAUGCCCCGUGUGUCUUGAAAGAAUGGAUUCAGAAACUACUGGGUUAUUAACAAUUUCUUGUCAACAUACAUUCCAUUGUAAUUGCUUGAGUAAAUGGAAAGAUGAUACGUGUCCGGUUUGUCGAUAUUCUAAUUUAAUGGCCAAUCCUUUAAUGUCAAGAGAAGGAUUAGAUAAAUGUACUGUUUGCGGAGGUGAGCAAAAUUUAUGGAUCUGUUUAAUUUGUGGUAACAUUGGCUGUGGUAGAUAUAAUUCAAAACAUGCCAUCCAGCAUUACGAAAGUACAAAUCACUGCUUUGCUAUGGAUAUUUCUUCUCAGAGAGUUUGGGAUUAUGCAGGUGAUAAUUAUGUCCAUAGGUUAUUACAGAAUGAGAGUGAUGGAAAAUUGGUUGAACUGCCAGGGAAUUCUAAUUCAUGCUCAUCUUCAGAGGAUAAUUCUAAGGAUAAAGAGAAGAAUAGAGAUUAUGCAUUUGAAUAUACAAAUGUCUUGUUAUCACAAUUAGAGUCACAAAGAGAUUAUUAUGAAUCAAGGUUAGCUGAAUCAGCUGCAUCUUUCCAAGAAAUGGCUCAACAUAAUCAGCAAAUAUCUACAAACUUUAAUAGACUAGAAUCCCAGCUUAAGCAAUUGGCCUCUGUUAUCCCAGAUCUAAAGAAUAAAAUGAAUGCUAAAACUGAAGCUUUAGAAGCUACUUUAGAAGCUAAAUUGGCUCAUACUGAAAAAGUGAAAGGUUUAGCAAAAAUAUUUGAGAAAAAAUGGAAGGACGAGCAAGCAAUUACUGAAGGACUUUCAGAGAAGAUUAAAGUAUUAGAACUUGAUCAAACAAAUUUAAAGUCACAAAAUGAAGAAUUACAAUCACAGGUAACGGAUUUAAUGUUUUACUUGGAGUCUCAAAGUAAGUUCAAAGAUGCAUCUGAUGAUGUCAAGAAUGGUACUGUUGUUAUGCAAGAAAGCUCAUCCUCUUCCCGGAAGAAUAGGAAACGCUGA